UCUAUCUCAAUUGCCACUACACUUCCCACUCUCUCAACUUUCCUCACUCACCAACAAGAAAAAAAAAUGAAGAUCUUCAAUUGGGUUCACCGCAAGUUUAAUAACAAAGCGGAGAAUCCGAAGAAACACGGCGACAAUGCCGCCGCGGAAGAGCAUUUUCCGGCCGAGAACAAAUGCGACGACGUUUUCGAGGGGUGGAGAGGGGGGAUUCUGGCGAUCGGAACAUUCGGCUAUGACUCCUUGAAAGAUGAAAAUCAACAACUUAAGAGCGAUUACUUUUUCGAGGAGGCGGACGAGAGUGGCGAAGACGAAGAUGGCGACGAGCCUUUGGUGCUCGUGGCUUGCGAGUUUAACGAGGGGGAGAUUGCGGAGACGGAGGAGAAUGAGGAGCAGUUUGGGUUUGAAUAUGUGAUGAUGAAGAAGGAGAGAACUACGCUUGCGGAUUUGUUUGUGGUCGAUUCGGGCAAGGAUGAUCGCGCUAUUGGCGGGAACCGGAAGUUCGAAAAGCCGGAUUUGGUCGGGGAGAAGUCGAGUCGCAAGUGCGCGCCGUCGUCGGCUUCCGGGAAGCUCACUGCGAAGGACGGUCAUCGCCCCAUCCACAAAUUCAAUAAAGUGAUGCGAAGAAUGAUGAGAAGAAAGAUCCAUCCUGACGUGGGACCCAUCAAUCCUAAAGUCGCAACAUUGAAUGAUUAUAAUAGUCAGAGUCGCGUUUCUAACGAUUGCGAGGCGCUUCUUCCAACUCAAGAAUGAUUCUUUCAAGAAUGAAGUAUGUCUGAGACAAGGUGAGGCCAUCUAUAAUUUGAAGAUUUCUUGGCUUUCUUUUCAUUAAAUGUAACGGUUUGUUCUCUUGGAUGAUAAGUAUAUAAUUGUUUGAUUGAAGUGUGUGUGUAUUAUGUGUAAUGUACGAAUUUGAUUCCAUGUUUGGAUUGUGCUAUUAUUGAAGUUGGGUUGCCAUGUUUCAA